ACUCCUACAACUUUGUGUGUGUGUAUGUUUUCUCUGUUUUCAUGGACUUUACACCAAACCACUAUGGGAGCCCGCUGGUUGUUGUCGGCCUGUCGAAGGAUCUUUAAAGUCCCUGAAGCGUGAGGACGGAGAAGAGUUUUGGUGGAAGGCCUAACUGGACCUGAGGUCUGAGGAUCCUCAUUACAAGAUGGCAGCAUUUGGAACAACUCUCCUCACUUUAGUAGCAGCCGUGCUGCAUGUGCCAAGGUGUCAGGGGGGGUUGGGUAAAGGAAAAGACAGCUCGCCGCUGAGGUUCACGCACCAUCUCUACAAUGCCACCAUCAAUGAGAACUCUGUUCCACGAACCUACAUUGAGACACCAGUGAAGAUGGGCAUUGAAGUUACAGAUCCAUUCUGGGAAAUCAACUAUAAUAUCGUCUCAGGUGAUGAUGACGACCUUUUCCAAGCAGAGGCACUCAAAAUUGGGGAUUUCUCCUUCCUCAGGAUCAAAACUCGCAGCAGCAAUGCAGCACUCCUCAAUAGGGAGGUCAGAGACACUUAUACUGUCACUGUAGAGGCAACUGAAAACACUUUUGACUUACAGGCAAAGACAAAAGUGUUAAUCCAGGUGCUUGACACCAAUGACCUAAAGCCUCUUUUCUACCCUGCUUCAUACAAUGUGGCCAUCAGAGAGGACACUCAACUCAAGUCAAGCGUGGUCACAGUCAGUGCUACAGACGCCGACGCUGGGAGCAAUGCCGAGUUUUAUUACUCUUUUACCAGCAGGGCUCAUCCUUUUGUCGUCGACCCUUUCACAGGCACAGUCAGCCUCGUCAAGAAGCUCAAUCACACCCGCACGGAAAGAUAUGACCUUACUGUUUUAGCUGAAGACAGGACAAAGAAGAUAUCUGGUGUUCAGAAAUUUGGUAAUGUUGCCAAGGUUACAGUAAACAUACAAAAGAUGCCCAUGGGGUCUCCAGUAAUCACACCUCCCCUCAAACCCACAGUCUCUACAGAUGGCACAAUAACUAUCAGUGUCCAUGUGGAGGCAGGAGUUAAGCCUCUGGAAUCCCUUAAUAUUGUUGGAGGGGAUCCCCACAAGUAUUUUGAGAUAAUUCCUUUAGGCGCACAGGGCAGCGACUUCCAAGUGAUCUCUACAAAGAGGAUUAUCUGGUCUCAAACUCCUUCUGGGCUGAAUCUGUCCCUUCAAGCUAAAGACAGGAGCUUCCCUAGUUUACUCUCUCCAAUUAUGCAAAUCCACCUUCCAGCCCAUCAUUACCAUCCAUUGGCAUUUUUGGAAGACACCUACAUUGUCACACUGAGUGAGUUUUCACCCCCUAAAACUCAUGUAGUUAAGGUUUCCAUUGACUCAGUACCUCAUAAUGUUACCUUUACUAUCAAAAACAAUCCAGAUAGCACUAAAUUCAAGAUUAAUCCCAAAACAGGAAUCAUUGUAACAACAGAGAACUUUGACUACGAACUCAAGAAUCGGUAUGAGUUUGAUGUGGUGGCCAAUCACGGUGAAGCUGAGACUCACAUUGUGGUGGAGAUAACGGAUGAAAAUGACAACAGCCCACAGUUCACCCGCUCUUCCUACCAGGCUACACUGGAUGAAAACAGCCCUGUAGGCAGCACCGUUUUGAAAAUAGCUGCCACAGACAAAGAUAACGGCAAAAAUGGCUUUGUGACUUAUGCCAUUGCCAACUCAGAGCCCUUACCUUUCACAAUAGACCCAUUCACAGGUGUCAUAUCAACCACAGAACACUUAGACUACGAGCUGAUGAAACGGCGCUAUCACCUGAGAGUCUGGGCCUCAGACAGCGGCAGCCCCUUCAGUCAGGUCAGUGAAUGUCCUGUGACGAUAACCCUGAACAACAUCAAUGAUAACAUCCCUCUGUUUGAGAGGGUGGCCUGCAACACCACAGUACCUCUUGAUUUACCCGUAGGGCAUACGGUUGCUGAGCUGUCAGCCAUUGAUUCAGAUGAGUUGCAGCAGCUGAGGUAUGUUAUUGAAUCAGGAAAUGAGCUCCAAGUAUUUGGUAUUGACUCUGUGUCGGGAGCCAUCACUCUUAGGCAACCAUUUCCCCUGCGAGCAGGUUCGUUCACCUUGAGGGUUGUAGCCACUGAUGGCAGACAUCGCUCUGAAGCCUCAGUUGUCAGGGUAACUGUCACUAACAGAGGUGAUGAUGCAACGGUCCACUGUCAGGAAACUGGCGUUUUCAAACAGCUGACUGAUAAACUGAUAGAGUCAAUCAAACCCAUUUUAACCAGUCAAGAGGAAGAGACAUUCUCUGAUAUUCACAUCACCAACCGAUAUUCUCCUAAGUUUGACCUGAAACUUCCAAGUUCAAUUGACCUCAGUGAGGACCAUCCACUGAAUUCUACCAUUGUUCAGUUCAAAGCAAUGGACUCUGACACUGGGUUUAAUAGCAAGCUGGUGUAUGCCAUAUCGAGUGGGAAUGAGGAUGGCUGCUUUUCCAUUGAUACCUUCUCCGGUGACCUUCAGUUAGUGUGCCCUUUGGACAGAGAGAGUAAAGAGUUCUACAUUUUGAACAUCACUGUUUUUGAUUUGGGAACACCACAAACAUCUGCAUGGAAGUUUUUUGCAGUGACUGUCAUGGAUGUUAAUGACAAUCCUCCUGUUUUUGAUCAGCCCAGGUAUGUGAUACGUGUGCCUGAAAACACAGAGCUGGACUCCAUUAUUUUUACUGCUCAUGCAAUUGAUCUUGAUGUAGAUAUGAGCGGUAAUGUCCAAUACUCCCUGUUGACAUCCACUGACAUGUUCAGAAUUGAUGAAGUGACUGGUGAGGUAACGGUGACGGGUCGUUUGGAUCGAGAAACCUCACCCAGGCACGACCUCUGGAUCGAAGCCAGAGACCACGCCAAACUUGGCCCUCAGUUGUCCUCCACGAUUGACCUUAUAGUGGUUUUGCAAGACAUAAAUGACAACCCACCCAAGUUUGUACCCAAAGUUUACAAAAUAAAAGUUCCAGAGGAUGUACCUGUGGGCACUCUCCUCACCUGGGUCGAGAGCUUUGACUUUGAUCUGGGUAGUGGAGGCCUUGUCACCUACAACCUCAAGAAUACAGAGGGUGGGAUCUUUCAUCUUGACUCCGCCACAGGUGGCUUGACCCUCGAGAGGGAACUGGACUUUGAGAGGCGGCCAGUGUACAACCUCACAGUCCGAGCUGUUGACCAUGGCCUCCCUCGUUCCCUCUCCUCCUCCUGCUUUGUGGAGAUUCAGGUCCUGGAUGUCAAUGAGAACCUCCACAGGCCUGUGUUCUCAGAGUUCGUGUAUGAAGCCAGUGUGAUGGAGGAUGCAGUAGUAGGGACAUCGGUGGUCACACUUACAGCUUCAGACAAGGAUCUGGGCAGAGAUGGAGUUGUCCGGUAUCACAUCCGUGAAGGCUCUGGUCUUGGAGUGUUCACCAUUGACGAGGAAACAGGUGUCAUUCGUACAACAGAGACAUUGGACCGUGAGAUGAAGCCUCACUACUGGCUUUCUGUCUACGUUACUGAUCUGGGGACGGAGCCUCUGGUCUCCUGGACUCACGUCUUCCUGGAGGUUCUGGACGUUAAUGAUAAUGCUCCAGAACUUUCUCAGCCGGUCUAUUUCACUUCCGUCCUGGAGAACAUGGACAAAGUCCAGUCCAUCGUCCAGGUAUCAGCCACAGACGUGGACACUUCUUCUGAGGGCAAGCUUUCCUUCCAGAUGUUGGAAUCUCAUCGCACUUACUUCGAUGUGGAUCCCAAAACAGGUGUCAUCAGUACUCUCUCAGCACUGGAUCGGGAGGAUAAACCAGAACACAGUGUCGAGGUCAUCGUCUCAGAUAACGGAUCUCCGUCUCUACGCUCCACUGCCACCGUCGUGAUCCGAGUUCUGGAUGCCAACGACAACCGACCAAAGUUCACCGAUAAACUUUUCCAUGUCAGGCUGCUGGAACAGCGCCACCAGGCAGGUAAACAGGAAGUCUGCAGGAUGGUGGCCCGUGACGACGAUGAGGGCUCAAACGCCGUGGUGACCUACAAGCUCCAGGACAACAAGGACGAGCGUUUUGAGAUCGACUCGGUGACGGGCAUGCUGACGUCUCAUGGUGAUUUCUGGCCUGGAAACUACAGUAUUCUCACGAUUAAAGCCACAGACCAGGGCAGCCCUUCGCGCUCGUCCACGGCAAGACUGGACAUCGAGUGGAUCGCCCGCCCGCCCCUGUCUGCGGAGCCAAUCACGUUUGAUGAGCCCCACUUUACCUUUGCCGUUAUGGAAACGGAGCCUGUCACUCACAUGGUGGGCAUUAUCAUGACGGAGACGCAUCGGCAGAGAUGGUUCGACAUCACAGGUGGUGAUGAGGAAAAGGACUUUGACAUCCAGAGAAACACAGGGACCAUCUCGAUCGCCCGCCGGCUCAACGCAGCUCGGCGCUCCAUCUACAACAUGACGGUGCGGGUCACCGAUGGCCACCACAACGCCACCACACAGGCCUACAUCCGUGUGCUGGACAUGAAUGAGCAUCGUCCUGUCUUCCUGAAGCCGCUGUACACGGUGAGCAUCCCUGAGGAUACCUCCCCUUGGAAGGACAUCAUGCAGAUCAGUGCGCAGGAUGCUGACACCAACAGUAAGCUGGUUUACUCCAUCCACAGCAGCCAACAUCUGGACAGCGCCAAGUUCUUCCAUCUGGAUCCAAAGAGUGGAGUCCUGGUGCUGACGGAGGCGCUUGACUACGAGACGAUCUCUGUUCAUACGCUCUUUGUUAUGGUGCGUGAUCAGGAGAUUCCAGUGAAGAGGAACUUUGCGAAGGUGGUGGUUCGUGUGGAGGACUGUAAUGACCACUCGCCAGCUUUCCUCAGCCCCCACUACGAGGCUAGCAUCUCCAACCAGGCCCCCACAGGCUCUGAGGUGGUCCAGGUCAAGGCCCUGGACAAGGACAUGGGCAGCAAUGCAGACAUCAGCUACUCUUUGCACUCAGGGAAUAUCGACAACAUCUUCUCCAUAGAUCCAGAGGUGGGCUUCAUCAGUGUGUCCAAACCUUUGGACCUUCAGCCUCAGGACCAGUUCCACUUGACAGUAAAGGCCACUGACCAGGGCUUCCCACAGCGCAGUGACCUCUGCUCCGUCCACAUCCACAUCCGCAUCUCUGGCCAAACCCCACCCUCCUUCGCCUCAGAACAAUAUCUAACAGAAAUCAGUGAACUGAGUGCCCUUGGAACACCAGUAGUAACCGUCUCAGCUGCCAGCCCUGCUGCAGUGCAUUAUGGGAUAGAAAGUGGUAAUCCAAAUGGGACAUUUCAUAUCAGCCCAUACACUGGAUUGAUUUCAAUCAUGAAGCACCUUGAUUUUGAGAAUUGCGCUUCCUACAAGCUCAAAGUUACAGCUUCCACCACGGCUGGAGCCUUGUCCAGGACUCUGGUUUACAUCUACGUAAUUGAUGAGAAUGACAACGCUCCUGUUUUUCAGCAGAGGGAUUACCUGGGGCAAAUAAGUGAGUCUGCUCACAUUAACAGCCUGGUGAUGGGAGAAAGAAACACCCCUCUGGUCAUCCAGGCUUCAGAUGCAGACAGAGAGGCAAAUUCUUUGCUGGUGUAUGAGAUCCUUGAAACAGAAGCCCUGAACAUCUUCAAGAUAGACCCGAGUAUGGGCACCAUCUCUUUAAUUUCACCAGUUGACUUUGAAGCCAAGGCAGAGUAUCACUUCCAUGUGCAGGUAAAGGACUCAGGGGAGCCAUCACUGUAUGCAGCAGAGCCUGUCAAGGUCACUGUUCGCAUCUUGGACCUGAAUGACUGUCCGCCCCAUUUCAGCUCCCCAGUGUACGAGCCAUCCAUCAUCUUCCCAGCUGUCAGAGAUACAGAGGUUGUGCAUGUCGUGGCCCAUGACGCCGACUCAACAGUCUCAUACAGCAUCGCCGAGGGAAAUCUUAACAAUGCUUUUUCAGUUCACCCCAAUACUGGAGUCAUAACCGUGAGCAAUGUGUCUGAAUUUAGGCCUUUUUACCAACUGGUUGUCACAGCCUCUGACGGCCUGUACAAAGACUUAGCCACCGUCAAGGUAAACCUAACAAACCUAACAGCCAGCGAUCUUGAGUUUGAGCAGAAAGUGUAUUCAGGUAGUGUUACAGAAAACCUAAAGACAGUGCAAACUUUGGCAGCAAUCAAAGCCACAGGCUAUUAUUUAAAUGAGCCUCUUUUAUACUCUGUCGUAAACCCAAUGGGAAAGUUUACAAUUUCCCAGACAUCAGGUGUACUCGAGACAACGGGUAUGCCUUUUGACCGAGAGGAACAAGAUGUUUAUGACGUAAUGGUGAAGGUACGAGACAUGAGAACACCACCUAGGACAGCUACAGCCCAGGUCAAGGUUUUUAUAGAUGAUGUCAAUGACAACUCUCCGCAGUUUCUAAAUUUGCCUUUUUCAAUGAUGAUCUCUGAAUCCUCUGAACCAGGAGAUGUUUUGUAUCAAGCAACUGCCAUCGACAAAGAUCUGGGAGAGAAUGGAUCCAUUAGGUACUCACUGGAGGAGGACUACAACCUCUUCAGGAUAGAUCCCGACGUAGGUGAUAUAUCCCUUCUAAGGCCUCUUGACUUUGAAGCACUCAAUAAGUAUAUGUUGACAGUCUUAGCUACAGACGAGGGUGAGCCCAGUCACAGCACAUUGGCGCAGCUCAGCAUUCAAGUGAGGAAUCAAACCAACCCAGUUUUUCAGACUCUUCUGUAUCCGCUUAAAGUCCCUGAAAAUGUUCCCCCGUUCACCACUAUCUUACACGUCCAGGCCAGGAAUCCAGAGGGCUAUCGACUCAUCUACAACCUUCAAGAGGAAAAUGCUUCAAAACACUUUCAUAUUGACUUCAAAACAGGUGUGUUGACCAUCACCAACCCCCUUGAUUACGAGAGCCAAUCCAUGCAUGUGUUGACAGUUCGAGCUACUGACUCUGUGACCGGAGCUUUCUCGGACGCCUCCAUUGAGAUAGAAGUGGAGGAUGUGAAUGAUAACGCACCCGUUUUCUCAAAGCUAAUGUACUCUGUGGUCAUUGCUGAGGGGCUCCCAACUGGCACAUCUAUGAUACAGCUUUCUGCCUCUGAUAGAGACUCUGGCAGAAAUAAAGAGCUUACCUUCCAGAUGAUAAAAACGGAGGGGAACGAUACAGAUUUCUUUGAGAUAGAUCCUCAUAGUGGGCUCAUUUUCACAAAACAGGUCCUAGACCAUGAACACACAAAACACUUCAAUUUGAAAGUCAAAGUCACUGACAAUGGCACGAUUCCACUUAGUAGUGAAGCCUUUGUCUUCAUAAAUGUCACUGAUGUCAAUGACAACCCACCAGACUUUGUCACCUCCCAGUAUGAGGCCACACUGGAUGAAAUGGCAAAGUGUGGCCACAUAGUCAUCAAAAUCCAAGCUUCAGAUCCCGACACAGGGGACCUAAAUAUCCUAAAGUACAAGAUCCUCUCAGGGAAUGAAGGCCGGUACUUCAACAUCAAUGAAUCAUCAGGAAUCAUUUCCUUUUCUAAUGUCUGUAAGAGAAAUCUGGAUCCUUACUAUAACCUGACAGUGGCGGUGUCUGAUGGAGUGUUUCAGAAAACAGCGCGAGUCAAUAUUGACAUGAUGAACAGCAACAGGCAUAGUCCAUACUUCAAGCAGAGCGUCUACGAAGCAGAGCUGGCUGAAAAUGCAGAGGCAGGAACUCGAGUGAUCCGAUUAGCAGCCAUUGACCCUGACGAUGGACCAUAUGGCAGUGUUGAUUACACCAUCAUAAAUAAAUUUGCUGAUGAAAAAUUUGCCAUUGACCACGAUGGGCAGAUUGUUACAAGACAGCCACUGGACAGAGAGAACCCCGCCCAAAGAGUCAUAGCUAUUAAAGUGAUGGCAAAAGACGGAGGUGGAAAAGUGGCCUUUUGCACAGUCAAGAUUAUUCUCACAGAUGAAAAUGACAACGUUCCUCAGUUCAAAGCAUCAGAAUACCAGGUUUCAAUUCAGUCAACUGUAAAUAAAGGCUCCCCUGUCAUUCAAAUCAUGGCUUAUGAUGCAGAUGAUGGCAAAAAUGCAGACGUCACCUACACAGUUGAUGAAGGAGAAGAGGUGACUGAAGACAUCAUUGAGAUCAACCCCUUCACUGGAGUCAUGAGUAUCAAAGAAAGUCUCAUUGGCAUGGAAAACAAGAUCUUCACCUUCAAGGUCAAAGCUCGUGAUGGCAGCCUUCCAUUCUAUAACUCCACAGUCCCUGUUCAGGUCAAAGUGGUCCCCCCCGAGGUUCCUCUUCCCAAGUUCUCAGAGCCUCUCUACACCUUCUCAGCUGCUGAGGACAUUCCCAUAGGGACAGAGAUUGGUUCUGUGAGGGCGGACUCUGACAUGCCCCUUAUUUACAGCCUGGUGGAUGGUAACACAGUGGAAAGCAACAGAAAUAAAGUGUUCACUUUGGACAAAGAAAGCGGAACUUUGCUGUUGCAGAAGACCAUUGAUCAUGAAAAGACAAAAUGGUAUCAAAUAGAUGUGAUCGCUCAAGGGAGUCACAACAGGACCGAUGUUGCAUCACUGGUGUCAGUCAACAUCCAGGUCCAAGAUGUGAAUGAUAACCAGCCAGUGUUUGAAGCAAACCCAUACAGAGCCUUCCUGGCUGAGAACAUGCCUGCUGGAACCACUGUCAUUCAGGUGACAGCCAAUGACCCCGACACAGACUCCAAUGGUCUUGUGACCUACAGCUUGGAGCCUCUACCUGAGGACAUAGCAGUAGACAUCACCGAGGUGUUCUCCAUCGACGGAGAGAGCGGCUGGAUCACCACCAUACAGGAGACGGACUGUGAGGCAGUCAGGAUGUACAGGUUCUAUGUGGUCGCCAUGGACCACGGCAACAACGUCAAGCUGUCGUCCAGCGUUCUGGUGGAGGUGACGGUGACAGACGAAAACGACAACCCGCCAAGGUUCUCUGAGGACGUGUACCACGGCUCUGUUGUGGAGAACAGCAAUCCAGGCGAAGUCAUCGUCUCUAUGACGACCAAAGAUGCAGACGUGUCACUGGAGAACCGCCUGGUGACAUGUUACAUCACAGAUGGGGACCCUCUGGGCCAGUUUGCCAUCAUCCAGGCAGAUGAGGGUGAGUGGGGUUUGAUCGUGAAGGAACGUCUGGACAGAGAGACCAAAGACAGAUACAGACUCAGAGUCAUGGCCACCGACGGGAAGUUUGAGGCUCCGGUUGCUGUGGACGUCCACGUACUGGACAUUAACGACAACAGUCCACUGUGUGAGCAGCUGGUGUACACAGAGGUGGUGAUGGAAAACUUGCCCUCCAGCAUGUUUGUGCUGAAGGUUUCAGCCUCAGAUCCGGACGUGGGAGCUAAUGGCCAGAUCUCCUACACUCUGCACGGGCCCGAUGCAGACAAGUUUCGUCUUGACCACAGGACAGGUGAGCUGUUCACUCUGGCUGUGCUGGACAGGGAGAGGAAGACCGAGUACAACCUAGUGGCAAAGGCGACAGAUGGCGGGGGACGGUCGUGUCAGGUGGACAUCCUGCUGAUGGUCCAGGACAUGAACGACAACCCGCCUCGCUUCUCCUCCAGCCACUACGAGGUGACAGUGUUUGACAACACGACUGUCCGAACACCCAUUGCUGUCGUCUACGCCACGGACCCAGACACAGGUAUCAACUCUGAGGUGAAGUACUCCCUCCUGGCCGGUGACAGCGGCUACUUCUCUCUGGAUGAGUUUUCAGGAAUCCUGCGGCUGGAGAGACCCCUGACUCCUGACACCCCGCCCACCUUUGAGCUGAAGGUGAAGGCCAGUGAUCGCGGUCUGCCCCGCCACCUCUACUCCGUCGCCACGGUGACAGUGGACGUGGUCUCCCUGGAUGACUACCAGCCCGUUUUCCUGAGCUCGGAGUACACCGCGCAGCUCCCAGAAUCCUUGGAGGUCGGGUCCGAGGUGGUGAGCGUCUCUGCCUUGACCAGAGAUGGCGGGGGUCCAGACCCCAUCUCCUACCACAUCGUGUCAGGCAAUGAGGACCGACGGUUCCUGCUGGACUCAUCGACAGGUCUUCUGACUCUCAAUGCACCGCUGGACUUUGAAGUUUCCCGUGAGUACUACUUGUCUGUAGAGGGGAGACGCGGCAGGUCGUCCCUCAGCGACAUCACCACGGUGAUCAUCAACGUGACGGACGUGAACGAUAACGCCCCCGCGUUUGGACAGGUCGGCUACAGCGCUGAGAUAACAGAGGAUCUGACGCCUGGAGGACUGGUGAUGAAGGUGACAGCCACCGAUCAGGACGGUCCGAUCAACAGUCUGCUGCGUUACUCCAUAGUGAGCGGGGACCCUCUGCAGCAGUUCUCUAUUCACUCUCGUAGUGGAGAAAUCAGUGUUCGCACUGCGCUGGACCGAGAAGAGGUCCCUCAUUAUUCUCUGACGGUGCAGGCGGCAGACGAAGGUGAUCCUCCCCUGUCCUCGGCGGUUCUCGUCACCAUCACCGUCACCGAUGUCAACGACAACCCGCCCGUCUUCUCCCAGGUCAACCACAGUCUGCUGCUGCAGGAGGGCGAGCCGCCCGGCAGCAGCUUCCUCCAGCUCGUGGUGACGGACAAAGACACGCCGAGGAAUGGCCCACCUUUCUCCUUCCACAUCGUGAGCGGAAACGAGGACCGCCGUUUCCACGUGGAUCAGGGUGGUCUGCUGUCGCUGUCUGCUCCGCUAAGGAAGAAAGUCAAAGCCCAGCACCAGCUUAAGAUUCAGGUGACAGACAGCGGCCACCCUCCCCUCUCCUCCAUCUGUGUGGUCAACAUCAACAUCACAGAACAGAGUAAGUAUCCUCCCUCUGUUGUACCUCUGGAGGUCUUCAUCACGACCUCUGGCGGGCUGUUUGCCAACCGGGUCAUCGGCAGGCUCCACGCCUCAGACCAGGACCUGCAGGACGUCCUUACCUACAAGCUUGAAGCAGAGCAUCCAGAUGAGGGGAGGUUCUCUGUCGACCAGACUGAUGGAAAAAUCUGGGCAGAUGAAAACCUGGAGGACGGCUCAUACUCCUUGAAUGUCAGCGUGACUGAUGGGAAGUUCAGAGUCUGGACCGGGGUCACAGUUCACGUGUGGACAGCUAACCAGGGAGCACUGGAUUCCGGCUUGACGCUGCAGCUGGUUGGAUUGUCUCCUGAGGAGUUUCUGGGCGACCACUGGAGAGGCCUCCAGCGUAGCCUGGGGCAAGCUCUGAGUCUACCCAGACAAGAGCUUCACCUGGCCAGCCUUCAGCAGCUAUCUGACACCAAGAUCCUGGAGGCCCUGCUGGUCUGGAAGCCUCAGAGUGGACUGGUCCAGUCUCUGCCAACCAGUAGACUUGCAGGUGUCAUCUCGGACAUCGAGUACUCUCUGGGCCUCAGUAUCCUCCGGCUGACCCACAAUGGCUGUCUGGGUACCGGCUGUCCGCCACGGGGCUGCAGAAAUGCCAUCCGGCUGAGGGGAGAACGUCUGAGCCAUUUCACCACCGCCAGAGCCGUUUACAUCACCCCACAGCACAGCUGGGAGAGUGUGUGCCCCUGUAACAAGUCGGCUGUGAGGUUCGAUGGUAAUUCCUACCUGAAGUUCCUUCACAGGAUGGACGAGGACAACCAGAGUUUCAAACUGUCGCUGAGGUUCAAGACUUUCCAGGAGCGCAGCCUCAUUGUGUCCACCAGCAGCACCUCCGACUGGGGAGCGUUACAGCUGACUGACGGAGGGCUAAGCUUCAGGUACAGGUGUGGCAACACCUCCCCUCCAUCCUCACUGACCACCUCUGAUCCGGUGUCAGACGGCCAGUGGCACAGCGUCCUGCUGGAGGUCAACUCCACCAUCCUAACACUGACCCUGGACCAGCAGCGUCAGGCCUUUGCCACCCUGACUGAGCCGUGCCGGAUGAUGCGCUCCAAUGGUGCUUUGCUCUUCGCCGCUUUCGCUCAGGACUCGGCUCCAGAGCUCCAUCAGCAUCCUCAUAAUUUCACUGGCUGCCUAGAGGGGCUGGAGCUCAAUGGAGAGCCAAUCAGAGUGGGUGACACAGCGGGAUGGGCGGGGCCAGGGAGCAGAAGGGUGUUUGGGGUGUAUCAGUGCUGUGGCAGUAGGGGCGGAGCCUGCAACAACAACCCCUGUGAGAAUGGAGGGGUCUGCGAGGACGACGCUGACAGAGGGCCGCACUGCAGGUGUGCGGGAUUCUUCCACGGCGCCCGCUGCGAGCUGCCCAACAACCCGUGUGCCUCCCAGCCGUGUGCCGACGGCAGGGUGUGUGUACCGAAGGCUCAGGGCUACAUGUGCAACUGCUCACUGGACAACCCUGCAGCACGGUGCCACAAUCAGCUAGACGACUGUUCGCCCAAUCCGUGUCCAGGAGGCUUUGACUGUAAAGUCACUGAUGGCUCCAUCCACUGCGACCCGCUGCAUCAGGUAUCUCCAGUGAUCGGAUACGUGGAAAUCAUGGAGAUCAGUGCCAGCGUGCUUGGAUUGCUCUUCUUGGUCAGCAUCUUUGUUUGCAUUAGGAAACGUUACGUUCAGCAGAAGAAGAAAAAACCCGUCUGUGUCCAGGACUCAAAUGGAUACUUCCCGCCCAGUCUGGCCAAGACUCUCAAAGCUGACAACCAGGAAGUCAACCCCAUAGAGAUGAGUUCAUUGGUCGGUCCCAUCAACGAUCUCGACCACACGCCCUUCAGGUCACUUCGUCCACGAAGCCAGAUCAGUUCAUCAGGAGGUGGGCUUUCCUCUCCAAAGACGCAGGGGCCAGUCGUGUGCAGUGUUGCCCCCAACCUUCCUGCCAGACCACCGUCCAGCUCGGACAAUGACUCCAUCAGGAAGAGCCACUGGGAGAUGGACUACGAAGUCUAUCCGGCAGACCCUGACUACUACGGCCGCCCAGCAGUCCAGGAGUUCCCCCAGUUUGACAUUGUGGAGGACACCUACUCCACGUCCACCAUGGACUCGCGGAGGAACUCUCGAUUUGGUGGCUUCCCGUUCCCACUGGAUCGCUGUGAUCGCCGAGCUCCCUUGCCGCCCUGCUACAGCAAUCAGAACCUGGAUGACUUCCUGGGCCCUGACGGGCUUCCUCUUCCCAGCUCCCAGUGCCCCAACGAGUACACGGCCAUCAGCUACUACCCCACCCAGCACACCCGCAGCCUCGACAACGUCUCGGGAGGCUACAAGAGACUCAGCAUGCGUCUGAGCGUGGCUAUGCCUUCAUACGCAGAACAGGCCAGUUCGCCUCCUGCACCAAACCCGGCCCAGCCUCAGACGAGGCCGGCGGGGCAGAACCCGUGCAGCUACGACAGGUCGAGCAUCAUGGAGAGCGAUUACGGGAGCUGUGAGGAAGUGAUGUUUUAAGACCAAGUCAAGCCUAAAUCCUUUUGUGGAAAUCUGCGUCCCUGUCAGUGACUUUUAGUUUUCUUUGGGAGGUUCCACAGUGCAGCUACUCGCCGCUACGUUCUACUACUGCGCCUUAAGGCAGCUUUAUGUACAGACUGGACUCUCUGAAAGCAACAAGCAGCAGCUCAGCAGUUUCUCACCGACACAUGUGAGUCUUGUUCACCCCACUCUGUUGGAGGUGAAAGCACAGUGUGAAACAGUAGUACAGCCACCUUUCAUUUGUUUGACUGCUUAAAGUGGUGUGGCCUCACUAUGCUGCGCAUGGCUUCCACUGGUCCUGCACUUCACCUGAUUUCAGAUGUUUAUGAGAUGAACCCGAGCGAAAUCCUCCUCAUCCGAACGUUCGUCAACAAACAGGACACAACAAAUGCCUAAUCAUCCAGCCAGAGAGGAAGACUUCUUCCAGCUUCAUCUCUUCAAGGGUUAAUUAACCUGUGUGUGUGAGAAGCAGUGUGGCCUCCCCAUGCCAGGCUAGAAGGAGGUGAUUCAGGGCUCCUCGGUUACCUCAGUGGAAGAAGUUCAGCACAAGUUCAUUCGUUUGUCAAAGAGACGCCGCCCAGAGCUCGUGAGGUUGUUAGGGUUGUGAAAUCAUGAACAGCAUCACUGAUGAUGGGAGACUGGAGGAAUCUGACUCUCAGAAGAGGAAUCUGCUUUCAAAGCAAACCCCCGGAUUUCACUGCUCAAACCUCAGUUUUCAGCUCUGCCAAGCGCUGAUAACGGUGUGUGUGCUACACACUGUGUGAUGUGACUGAACGAGCCCCAGCACACACGAGCAGUUGCCAUGGCAGCGGCCAGCGUGACAUUCAGACAGCAGGGCUCAUUCAGAAAUGUCUCUCUGAUGAAAUCUUGAUAAAGGACUUGUGACGAGGCUUGUUGCAUUGUGUGGUAAAUCACAGAUGGAGUUUAUCGCCUCCGCGCUCUGCUGUGCGUUUGUGUUCAUGUGAAAUGUGUUGGGUCAUAAUAGUGUGAAAAGUAUUGUUAGUUUGUGCGGGAUAAACUUUUCGUUGAAGUCUUGAAUGUGUUGCUGUCAGUUACAGUGAAGGGGGCUGGAUCCUCAAAAAGCAGAUAAAAGCCAUAAACCAGGGGCGCAGGGUGAAGUCAGCGACGAAGGUGUGUUUUAACUUUUGCUGUCGUGAGUAUCGGUGCUGUGUUCAUUCCUGUAAAUCCUGUGAGUGUCAUUUCCUGGAUUUAGACUCCAGUACUUCCUCUGGAGCAGACGUUGGUGUUUGUGGUCGUGUUCUGCUGAUGAUAAAAGCAACGCUUCAAGUGCAGGAGUUUCACUAAAGAAAUGCCUACGCAGCCAUUUCAAAACGAAAGCCUCAGAUAAAAGAAAUGCUUGUUUUGGCUGAGAGAUGCAGCAUAUUGAGUAAAUGUGUUAAACUCAACAGUGUUUUUCUCAGUUCAGCUGUUGAACAGUUAAUAUUUACAAUCAAAUUUCAAUUCAAACAAAGUCAUUUCUUAUGAAAUAUUCAGAGCCACAUGGAAACUGUUCUUCUGUCAUUAUUUCACUGGUUUAAAUGGAACCAGCAGUUGUCAAAUUGUGUUUCUUUCAUAGAGUCAUUCAGUCAUUUCAGCUCUCAUAACUUGUGUUUCAGUCUGUGAAAAUGACAAAUAAUGAAAAGUGGCAACAACAACUUGCUGCCAGAUUCCUCCUCAUAAGAUGAAAAUAUGUACAGUGUAAACGGGAAACGUUUUCCGCUCUGCUGGGGUAUUUUUACUUAACUGACUGUGAUGUGACUGUUUCAGUAUUUCUACAUAAUGUUGAUCCACAAAUGAACUAACCGCAGACGCUUCCUGAUGCGGUCCGGACUGCUGAGAUGCCACUGCAGUCUGCGGGCCCAGCAGGUAGCUGCAGUUCAGGCAUCUCAGCUUGCACUUCCAUCCGUAGCACCUGACCAGCUGUUUCCACCGUGUGCUGACUGAUUAGUGUUCACUUUCAUGUGUUCAUGUGUCCAGUGCAUAAAACAGAGAAAGAGAAAUUCAUCAACACAGCAUUAAACUGAAACAAUUCUGAAGCAGCCACAAAAGACAGCAAAUGAUCAUCAAGAAAAAGGCGAGAAUUCACUGCUUGGCGAAGGCGCCUGAGGUGAACAUCCUGGAUCAAUAAGUUUUCCAUCGUAAAUCUCGUGUGUUCCCGCUGCCUGUGCUGUUCCACUCUAAACAGUGUAAAGCAACUUUGUGAGCAAGAAAUGAAUUUUCCAAGAUGACAGGAAGUGUGUUUCAUCACAGACAAAAGCAGAAAAAAACAACAACCAGACAAAGAAGCAAACAGGCAGCCAACGUGUCAGUAACGGCUGUUCAUCAACACGUGUGUACAAUAACAGACGCUCUAACCGACAUGUGUUGUGUUGUGUUGUGUUGUGUUGUGCAUUCAGUGUGUGUGUUGUUGUCUGUGCAGAAUAUAACUUCACUUGAAUGUAACUUAUCUUUAUUUCGUUCAUUUCAAAGUUUAUUUUUGUAUCAGUGUGGUCCCCAUGGUCCCCUCUGUGCUUUCUCUGCGACCCAGUUUAUUAACGUGCCGUCUUUUUGUUCUUCAGUGCUGUAAAGAGAAUAUGAAUAAAGAUGUUAUCUUCCAUUAGA